AGACCAUGGAAUCUUACAGCAGCUUGUGCGGGUAAAAGUUAAGUUCGAAACACUGAGCGCACUGGGAUGGUCGAAUGUGAGACUUCUGGGACACACACACAGAGUAAAAAAAUAGAGCCAUCUCUUUUAAUUCACGAGGCCAGCAGCAAGACUGUCUCUGCCGACUAUAAAAGAAGUAAACGCUCGACACGUUUUCUUCCUUUGAUCGAGAGGGUGACGAGGACAGACAGGUGGUGUAGCCAUGUCAGUGGCCGGCGUCAUAACGGUGGCUUUGUGCUGUCUGAGAGUUGCCCACGCCUACCUGACGAUCAGCCUUAAUGGAACAUGGACGGUAUCUAACCAGAACAUAGGCCUGUCGGUACCUGGGCAGGUUCCAGGCAGCGUGCACACGGCGCUGAUGGCCAACGACGCCAUAGCCGACCCGCUGUACAGGGACAAUGACGUCAAGCUCACUUGGAUCGGGAACGUGAACUGGACCUACAGCAGAGACUUCGAGGUCAACAAUUCCGUGCUGAAGUCUCAGGCUAUCCAAUUGGUUGCCGAGGGCUUGGACACCAUCGCAACUGUGUACAUCAACGGCAUCAUGGUUGGCAAGUCGGACAACAUGUUCGUUAAAUACACUUUUGAUGUCAAGUCUGCCCUAAAGCCUUUAAACAACUCCAUCGUAGUCAGUUUCCAGUCUGCUGUGGAUUACGCAGCCAAACAGGCCGCCCAGUCUCAGUACCCGAUUCCACCCGUUUGUCCCUCCGCGGUGCAGAACGGCCAGUGCCACGUCAACUUUAUCCGCAAAGAGCAGUGCUCCUUCUCGUGGGACUGGGGACCCUCCUUUCCCACCCAAGGAAUAUGGAAGUCCAUCUAUUUGACAGCCUUUGAUUCGAGUAUUAUUGAAGAAGUCACGGUUGACCACUUUGAAGGUAGCGACGGGUGGACACUGGAGGUACGCGUCUUCUUUAACUUGGCCACUAACACCAGCGGCAUCGGAGGGAUGGUCGAACUGCAGAUCCUGGAGGUCAACGGUAGCGAGCCUGGAAAUAUGGUGCUGUCGUCGUCUCAGGCCGUGAUGUUGUCGUCCUUCAGUAGGACCCUCAGCCUCAACAUCACCCUUCCUAAGGACUAUCCCAUCAAACGAUGGUGGCCUAACGGCUACGGCAACCAGAGUUUGUAUGACGUCAUCGUGACGUAUACGUCCACCGUAACAGGCGAGGUGACGACCAAAGUUCGGCGUAUUGGGUUCCGCACCGUGGAACUGGUCCAAACCAACGUGUCCAGAGACCCGUUACAAGGCUUGACGUUCUACUUCCGCAUCAACGGACUUCCGGUGUUCCUCAAGGGCACUAACUGGAUUCCGGCAGACAGCUUCCAAGAACGCAUCACCAAGGACAGGCUGCGCAUCUUGUUGCAGUCGGCGGCGGACGCCCACAUCAACAGCAUGAGGGUCUGGGGCGGAGGGGUGUACGAGUCUGAAGAUUUCUACGACCUGACUGACGAACUGGGCAUCAUGAUCUGGCAAGAUCUCAUGUUCUCUGACGCAUUGUAUCCAUCUAAUCCCGACUUUCUUAACUCCGUUACUCAGGAAAUACAAUAUCAGACCAGGAGACUCAUGCACCGCCCAUCCAUCCUUCUCUGGUCAGGCAACAAUGAGAACGAAGGAAUUUUAACCCAGCGUAGGAGUGCCCCUAACUAUGAACUCUACUACGACGACUACAUCAAGCUGUACAUCGACACAGUGAUGACGGUCCUUCAGCAGGAAAAUCCACGGCGCCAGUUCGUCCCCUCCAGUCCCAGCGAUGGCGCUGAGACAGUGAAGGAGGGUUACGUUGCUCAGAACCCCUACAGCGACCUCUACGGAGACGUCCACUUCUACGACUACAACAUGGACCAGUGGAAGCCGGACGGUUUUCCGAUCCCUCGGAUGACGACAGAGUUCGGCCUGCAGUCGUGGUGCAACUUCGACACUCUUCUCGAUGUCUUUGAAGAGGAGGACCUGAGUUACUACUCGGAUCAGGCUGUCCACAGAGAACAUCAUCAAGGAGGGCUAGCCCAAAUGGCUAACGAGACCUUUCGGCACCUAAACACACCUCAAGAUGAUAACCCAGUGCAGCUCUUUAAAAGUUUAAUUUACAUGACUCAGAUCAGCCAAGCAAUGUCCAUCAAGACCCAGUCAGAACACUAUCGUCGACACCAAAGUGAACUGCUAUCCGAUGGGCGGGGCCUAACAAUGGGCGCCCUCUACUGGCAGCUGAACGACAUCUGGCAAGCACCCACCUGGGCAUCGAUAGACUACAGCGGAAGAUGGAAGAUGCUGCAUUAUUACGCUCUGCGGUUUUUCAAUCCCUUAAUGGUGUCUCCAGUCCUCAACGGCAGUACACUAGACAUCUAUGUAGUCAUGGACGAAAUACCCAGCCGAGAGGUACGGGACCCUGUUACUGGUAAUCUCAGGUUUGAACCCUCGCAUACAUACGAGGACGGGGGUCAGGCUGGUGAGGACCCCGAAGACCUUCUGCGUCUGCAAAGGAGGCUCCGUCAGAGCGGAGUGGUGAUGAUGAAGAUCUACUCUUGGAGCAGCUUUACGCCUUUGUUUACUUGGAGAAUUGAAUACAGUCUGAACACCACAGCGGACAGCGUGUUUCAAGGGGACGUCAGCACGCUGCUGAGCCAGGCUGGCUGUCACAACGGUACCGAGUGCUUCCUGUAUGUCCAUCUGGAUGAUGUUGACUACGGCCUCAACAACUGGCUCUCGUUCGCAGAGCUCAAAGACUCCAGUCUACAGAAGGCUGAGGUCACGAUCACCGAAGUGACUCAGAUUUCCGGCCACACGUUCAGCAUCGCCCUCUCCACCACUGCCAUCGCUCCCUUCGUCUGGUUGGAGACAGGCCAGGUCAUGGGGCGUUUCUCGGACAACGGCUUCCUCCUGCUGCAGCCGGCCACUUCCGUUCUGUUCUACGCAUGGCAAGACGUCACUGUGGACAUGCUCCGUAACUCUCUCUCUGUCCGGGCUUUGCUCGGCUAAUUGAAGGCUAGUCACGUGAUCAAGGGUUUCAAACACGUUUCAGAUGACAGUCUCGUGAUGGUAUAACAAAUAACAGAAUGCAAACACCUGUCUAUAAAAUGGGAGACAUGACAACGUUAGUUUUACACGAUGAGGAAUUUAAAUUAAAUAUAUUUUUUUAAUAAACUUGAUGCCACGGAAUGACUAGUAUAAUAAAGACUAGCGUUUGUUCAA